CCUGCGGCUCCCGAGCCAUUUGUGGCUCUUUCACCUCUGUGCUGCGGCUCCCUGUGGCUUUGGGAAAUAAUUGGUCAGUAUUUAAUUAAAAUGUAUUUUAUGUUAGUUUGUUAGCUUUUGAAAUGUAAUUAUGGUGAUCUUGUACAACCUAAGUGUAGCGACACAUUUCCUGCCACAUCCGAAACGGCUCACAAUUAGCCAGCAUUCCGGCUAAGGGAGAUAGCCUACGGGGGGUUGUGAGUACGCGUCUUUUGCAGCAUCUGCGUCCAUGGGGGCUGGGUUGAGGGAGGCUUAAAAGCAAGGCUGUUUAGUUCGAAUAAAGCUAUCUUUGACUGCAGUUUACUGACACCGCUACAACGUGUUUUUAUCGCUGGCUGUCCAGACGGAAGGUGCUGAAACGCUUUGUCGCGUGUCUGGAAGAAGUGAAAACUUUCCUGGGCAGCAAAGGGCUCACCUUUCCUGAGCUGGAACAGCCAGAGUGGCUGGAAAAGCUACACUUCAUGGUAGACAUGACAGCGCACCUGAACACGCUGAACACAGCUCUUCAGGGGAAAGGACGUACAGCCCUGCACAUGUUGGAGGAUGUUUUGGCAUUCGAGCGCAAGUUGACAGUGCUUGCCAGAGAUUUACAGAAAGGCACUUUGUCUCACUUCCCCAAUUUGAGAGAGUUCAAACAAGGUCACGACAUGAUAAUUUCGGAGUAUUUACAUUCUGCAAUCAUCGCAAUGCAAACAUCGUUUGGGAAACGCUUCUGUGAGUUCAGAGAGGAAAAAAACACAUUAUCCUUCCCGGUCACUCCCUUAAGCAUCGAUCCUUCCCUACUGAAUACGACUGCAUUGGCAGGUGUGAGUCAACCUGAUCUUGAGAUGGAACUGGCCGACAUAGCCGACAAAGACAUAUGGGUGUCCAAGUUUAGACGCUUGACAGCAGACCUUGAAGAUGUUGCCCGUCAGAAGGCCGUUCUUGCUCAGAAACACAAAUGGAGUGAUAUUGAAAACCUCACAGAUGACAGCUUGCGAUCCUGUGUAAAGAUGAAGGUGACAUCAUACAGCCCUGAUGUGCAGACGCUGUGCGCUGAGGUCCAGGAGCAGAAAUCCCAUUAACCAAUCCUUUCAUUUUUC